AUGGAAAGAUAUUAUGCUAAGAAAGAUGCAUCAAAUAGUAAUACAGGAAAUAAAGAGACAGAGAGUCGGCUUGAACAGAAAAGACCGAGGAUUGAACUUGAUUUGAGAGAUAUAGUUGAUGAUCCAGGCAAUAGAAAGCCAAUUGAUGAGUUUCAUCAUGACAUUAGGGAUGAGGCUAGGAGAGCGUAUCUACAGAAAGGUCCAUAUAGGCCAACUGGUCAUAAGUUUCCAAAAACAAAAGUUAAUGGUAAAGGUCAAGCAAGAGGAUUUGUUGGAUCAUGGUUUGAUCAAUUUGAUUGGUUAGAGUACAGUGUAGCCAAGGAUGCAGCCUAUUGCUUUUAUUGCUAUCUCUUUAAGCCACAGCAAAUUGGGUUUCACAGUAAUGAUACAUUCACUAGAGUUGGGUUCAGAAAUUGGAAGAAUGCAAAGGAUUCUUUCAAGGAGCAUGCUCAAUCAGUUGAUGGCUUUCACGGUAAUGCAAUGAAGCGUGCACUUGACUUCAAAAAUCAGAGACAAAGUGUUGAACAUGUGUGGACUGUGACAAGCGCAGCAGAAGAGGAGGUUUGUCAAUGA